AUGCAUAAAUCAGAUUCCGCGGAUUUCUCAAACCGCGUUAAGGUAUUAUUGGACCUGAUGACAAAUAAUUCCACGAAAGAAUGGGCGAACUGCGAAACUGAAGACUAUUUUAUCAGCUCCGAUGAAUCAGAUAUCGAGACGGAAGAUAACGACGAGUCGAACGAAGACGAGCAGAAUUUUGGAAAAAGUCAAGAUUGCGACACUAUUUUUCAUUUAAACAAAUUCUACGAGGAUCACGCGCAGACCACGCGAAAACACUUACCGACUGGGGCACGUGACGCUAGCAUCGCCUUCGACUUCGAGGAUAAGAUGUACAGGGUAAUUCCCCUAAGACUCGACAAAGAUAUAUUCAAAUUUUUACAAUACAAGUGGAAAACAGCUUGGUAG